AUGAGUGGGGAUGAGGCAACCACCCCAGAUUAUUCGGACUUCUAUUCUCACAUUGCAAUACCGUGUGACAAGGAUGAAGUCAGAAACUUUACGAAAACCUUUCUUCCCUUUGCUUACUCACUAAUAUGCAUCUUGGGCCUUGUGGGAAAUAUGUUUGUUGUGAUGACAUUUGUUUUGUAUAAGAAGUCUGAUUCUAUGACUGAUGUAUGCCUCUGCAAUAUGGCUAUCGUAGACAUAUUGUUUGUUCUCACUCUUCCUUUCUGGGCAGUCAACUAUGCUCUGGACAACUGGAUUUUUGGAGAUUUCCUAUGCAAGCUCACCAAAGGUAUCUAUGCAAUUAACUUCAACUGCGGCAUGUUGCUCUUGGCCUGUAUAAGCAUGGACAGAUACAUUGCCAUUGUGCAAGCCACAAAGUCAUUCAGACUUCGGGCAAGGACUCUAGCACACAGCAAAGCAAUCUGCUUGGCUGUCUGGGUGUCAUCUGCAUUCAUCUCAAGUUCUACUUUCAUGUUCAGUGAAAGCUACCCACUUCCAGGCAACAUAACAAAACACAUUUGUGAACACAAAUCCAGUACAGAGUCCAAUGUAAUAUUGAAGCUACUGAUAUCAAGUUUUCAGCUUUUAUUUGGAUUUUUUGUUCCUCUGCUAUUCAUGUUUUUUUGCUACACCUUCAUUGUCAAAACCUUACUGGAGGCUCAGAAUUCUAAAAGAAGCAAAGCCAUACGUGUGAUUAUUUUGAUUGUGGUUGUUUUUCUGAUAUGUCAAAUUCCAUACAACAUGGUUCUUCUCAUGUGGGCAGGAUCAAUGGGAAAAGUGGACAAAGCCUGCCAGAGUGAAAAGCAAAUGGCCUAUGCAAAAUAUGUAACUGAAACUCUGGCUUUCUUACAUUGUUGUAUGAACCCCGUGCUCUAUGCAUUUAUUGGGGUGAAGUUUAGAAAUUAUUUUGUGAAAAUAAUGACAAAUCUGUGCUGUGUGAGAUACACAACAUGUGGAGCCACCCAUGGUUCAAGGGUAAGUUCCGAUACUGUCCAAUCCAGACAGACAAGUGAAGUUUGUGAAUGACCUAAUAGAGCAACUGGAUAUACAGUAUCCUCAGAUAGUAUCAUUACUCAGGCUACACAUGUUGAUUUCUUGGUACUUUUCAUUUAAUACAUCCUGCUUAUAGAAGCUUAAAGCUUAUGUCACAACAAGCCAGUCAGUUUCAAAGGUAGCUAGUAAUUGCUCUCUGAGUUACUUCACACAUUUCAAGUAAGACCAGUCUCUCUUCUCACAAUGGGAGCAGGCUUCCAGGCGUUUGCAUGUGUACCUCUCUUCUUCAGAAAUACCAGAAAAACACAAGAUUGUCAUGUUGUAGAUGUUCA